AUGGCACUUUUACAGCGGUUUCGCUUUACAACCGAAGGAUAUCGCGAAAGAUUCCGAGGAAGCUCUCCAAAUAACGGCGAGACAGGCAGCCAGUACGCCGCGAGGCUAGAGGGAUUAUUCGAUCGCUGGGUGGAGGUGGGCCUUCGUCCCAAAACGUACGGCGAUCUGCGGGACCUGGUGAUCGCUGAACAGUUCAUCAAGGGCUGUCAUUUGAAGCUAGCUGUGUUCCUCAAGGAGCGGAGUUGCAAUACACUUCCCUUGAUGGCCGCGGCAGCGGAUAAGUUCAUGGAAGCGCACAGGCAAGACAACCUGGCUCACUUCAAGGAGGACCAUAGCCAGUGUGAUAAUGAUUUAAAGAAUGACCUGCCAAGUAUCAAGCAAGAAACAAAAAUCAGGUGUUUCUUGUGCGGCAGAGUAGGUCACCGAGCGACAGAUUGCGUGUCCAGACCUGAACAGCGACUCCUAGUAUGUCAAAUUUGUCAGAGAUCGGGACACGAUGCCAAAGCUUGCUUUCAGCGGAAGGGCGGAAAAACUCAGCUUUCAUGCUUUAUAGUACCUGAAUCUGAAAGUACAGCAUGCGAGUUUGAAGAAAGCCAUAUGCAUAACGAAGAAACGCACGGUGUGGAGCAAACCAACGAAGCACUCGUGAGUGUGGUCUGCGAUAAAAAGGAGCACCAACCAAAGAGACGCAUGCCAGUAGAACGUGGACUACUAGACGGACAGCCCGCCAAGGUGUUACGAGAUACUGGCUGCAACACCGUUAUCGUGCGCAGAAAGUUGGUUGGUCCUCAGCACCUGACGGGCAAACAACGUCAGGUGGUCCUAGUAGACGGAACAUGCAAAUUGUUACCAGAAGCAAUCGUUAGAAUAGCUUCUCCAUACUUUACUGGAGAGGUUGUCGCAAAAUGUAUGGACGAGCCACUUUAUGACGUAAUUAUUGGCAACGUUCAGGGAGCCAAGGAGGUACUAGACCUCGAGCCAAAUUGGAGAAGUGGGGAGGAGGCUGAAGCAACAGAGAGUUUGCAACUGGACAGGAACAUACUUGCCGCAUUGAAAAGCCAUGUUCCUGCUACUCCAAAUCCCACACCCAACCUCGGCAUUGAAGACGUUACAAAGGACGUCCUUCAAAAAGAACAGUUGAAAGACACGUCAUUGGAUAUCUGCCGCGGAAAGAUCGCCAAAACUCACGUGACAAAAGGGGGCAACACCUACAGUUUUUAUUUAAGCAAGGGAGUUCUCUUCCGCAGAUGCCUCCUCGCAAACGGGAAGGAGUUCCGCCAAGUGGUUGUCCCCAGAGUGUUACGCCACAAUAUCCUCAGUCUGGCUCAUGAUAUCGCAAUGGCAGGCCACCAGGGUGCCAAGCGCACGAGUGACAGAGUCCUAGAAUCUUUUUAUUGGACCGGAGUCUUAGCGGAUGUUAAGCGGUUUGUGCGGUCGUGUGACCUGUGCCAGAGAACGAUUUUUAAAGGAAUGGUGUCGAAAGCACCUUUGGGGCGCAUGCCCAUCAUUGAGACACCUUUCGAACGAGUGGCUAUCGAUCUGAUUGGACCGCUGUCACCCACCUCUAAGAAGGGGAAUCGGUUCAUACUCACCCUAGUGGAUUUUGCGACUCGAUACCCAGAUGCCGUCGCUCUACCAUCCACUGACUCGCGAACAGUAGCGGAGGGUUUAAUUGAAAUGUUCUCCAGAGCGGGUCUGCCACGCGAAAUUCUUUCAGACAGGGGUACGAGCUUUACCUCGGAGUUGAUGAAUGAGGUAAUGGAGCUUCUCUCGAUCAAGCACUUAUUGUCUACCCCGUACCACCCCAUGUGCAAUGGUCUGGUCGAAAAAUUUAACGGUACGCUCAAGCAAAUGCUGAAAAGGAUGUGCGAAGAGAAACCUCAGUCUUGGGACGAGUACUUGGCGCCAGUGCUCUUCGCCUACCGCGAAGCGCCACAGGCGAGUUUAGGGUUUUCUCCUUUCGAGUUGAUUUAUGGACGACACAUACGAUGCCCAUUGUCGGUGCUGAAAGAAAUCUGGACUGAAGAUACAAUCAGUGAGGAGCUGAAGACGACUUAUAGCUACGUGUUAGAACUUCGGAGUCGGUUAGAACAAACAAUGGAACUAGCUCACCAAAAACUGGACGAAGCGAGACAGACUAUAAAGCGAUAUUAUGACCGAAGAGCGAGAGGCCGACAGUUGAAGGUAGGAGAUCGGGCUCUGAUCUUACUGCCCACCAGCCACAACAAAUUGCUCAUGCAAUGGAAAGGUCCUUUUCCCGUUGUCGAAAAGAAAAACGAAGUCGACUACAAGCUAAAUUUGGGUCAUGCUCACAAAGUUUUUCAUAUCAACAUGUUAAAGCGGUACGAAGAGCGCGAGGCACCGUUUUCUAUCGCGGAACAUGUGGGUUCUUUCAUAGCGAUAGAAGAUGAAGAAGACGUAAAUGAACUUCCUUCUAUAGGCGUCCAGAGAAGCCAGGGGCCAGAAGAUGUGCUUCUGUCUAAAACGUUAACUGAUGGACAACUUACGGAAGUGAAGAAGCUCCUGUACAACUAUGACGACGUCUUCUCUGAUGUACCGGGGAAAACGGAUCUUCUACAUUGCCAUUUGGAACUCAGUACGUCGGCACCCGUCAGAACCCCCCAGUACCCAAUUCCAUUCGCAAUGAAGGAAACGAUUGAAAGGGAGGUACAGGAGAUGCUGAAGCUGGGAAUAGUUGAGAGAUCCACUUCUCCAUACAACUCCCCGCUGGUCUUAGUGAAAAAAUCAGAUGGUGCAAUAUUCAUACGCUGUUACGAGAAAUCCAGUCAAUAG